AUGGAAUUCGUGAGAUACGUAUAUGUGAGAUACAAUGGAGCCGUCGAUGGUAUAUACUACGUUGGCGGGGAUACAGAGGUUCUUCCCCUCUUCAACGAAACUAUUGCAAGCCUGAUGUACAGCAUCAACAAUAUUAUGAUGACGCAUUCGAUGAGCCCGAACUACCAAUUGUAUUAUUUGGCGACCAAUCGAUUUGGCCGAGAGACGAAAUGUGGCUUGACCACCGACGAUGACGUGGAAGGCUUGUUGAAAACUGCCGAAUAUCCCAUGGUGUACGUUGAGCACAUAAACGGUUCGGUUGAAGAAGCGUACAUUCCUUCUGUUGAUUUUGCCCAUCCUUCGGGACACGAAUAUGAAUCACAAUCAAGUCAAUAUGAGACGUCAUAUCAUGAUACGUCGUAUCAUGAUGGCCAGAGCUCGCUUCCAACACAAUACUUUUCAUGGGAUGGGCAACCGUUGGACGAAUCCGCAUGGAAUCAAACGGAAAGCCUUAAUGAAAUGUGCGGAAGAUUCAAGCAGGUGCGGACAGAUGAAGAUCCUAACGACGAAGAUGAAGAACCUGAAGACGACGCCGAAGAUCCUGAUGACGAUUCUGACAAAGAUGAUGAAGAAUACGAUCCUGCGAACGAGUCGAGCACAGAUUCCAAUGCCUCUGAGGAUUUAUUAGACGAUGAUCUGAUAGAGUUCACGGCAGCUGAGCGAGCAGAAGAACUGGUCCUUGCUGUUGGCUUGUGGAAUAUGAAGCAAGGCACUGAGGCAAAAGUUGACCGCUCAGAUCAGGGACGCCUCUAUUUCAAGUGCAAGCCCUCUGAGAAGUGCAAGUUCGAUUUGCGUACAUCUUGUCACGGCGGAGGGAUGUGGGGAGUGCAUAAGUUCAAAAAGCAUUCAUGUGAAGGAGAACUGGGCAUAUUGAAACCAAUCAAGGCACACUCGAAUGUAGUUGCUGCUUAUGUUGCAAAAAGAAUACGUGAUGAUGGAGAGAUCAUUAAGCCGAAAUCUAUUGUGGCAGAGUUGAUACGUGAAUUCGGCGUCAUAAUCAAAUAUGGUGUCGCGCUGCGUGCAAGAAAUCUCGGGCUCGAGAUGAUAUACGGUCGAAUUGAUGAUUCGUUCCUUCUGCUGCCAAAAUAUCUUCAUGCCCUAAAGCAAGCGAAUCCAGGCACCUUGUAUGAUUUGGAAGUGGACGAAAACUGCCGGUUCAAACAUCUGUUUGUUGCUCUUGGGGCUUCCAUCUCACCUUUCUACUUUCAUCUUCGACCAGUGAUUGUGGUCGACGGUACACACCUGAAGGGGAAGAACAAUGGUAUUUUGUUCGUCGCCGUGGCAAAAGAUGGAAACGAGCAAGUCUUCCCCUUGGCAUUUGGUGUCGGUCCGAUCGAGAAUGAUGAGUCCUGGAAGUGGUUCCUGUCACAUGUGAGGCAAGCUUGCGGCCAGCCCGACAACUUACUCGUUGUCUCUGAUGCGCAUAUCUCCAUUGCUAAUGCUGUGAAGAGUGAGUUACCGAAUGCUACCCAUGGUAUUUGCUACUAUCACUUGUUGAACAAGAUCAAGGGUUACGGGCAAGCUGUUGUUGAGCUUUUCCGCCAGGCUGCAUACGCCUACGAGCACUCAGAUUUUACACGUGCAAUGUCGUCUAUGGCUCAGUUGAAGCCGAGGGCGUACGAGAAGUUGAUGCGUGUAGGCCCUGAGAAGUGGGCGCGAUCACAAUGUCCGGUGAACUGCUAUAGUUUUCUUACAUCCAAUGCUGCCGAGUCUUUGAAUGCACGCUUGUUGUGGGCCAGACGUCUUCCCAUAUGCUCCAUGUUAGAGGCAAUCAGGAUGGUUCUGGAGCACUGGUUCAAUGACAGACUUGCAGCCGCACAAGAGAGCGACGACAUUCUUACUCCGGUGGCAACACAGAAGAUUAGUGCGGAGAUACCAAAAAGUCGUCGUUACACUGCCAAGAGGACCACUGGUAGAAUAUAUAGGGUUCGUGCUGGUGGUCGCCAUUUUAUUGUUGACCUUCAAAAGGGAAGCUGUGAAUGCAAUGAAUUCAACCUGGACAGCAUGCCUCAGGCGAACGAGUCAGUGGACGAUCACGUGCACAUUUACUACAAGCGGAGUUCACUGAUUGCCACAUACUCUGGUGUCAUUAAUCACUUGCCUCCCUUAGAGCAUUGGGAAAUACCUUUUAAAAUUGCAACUAGGAUUGUUUUGCCAAAUCUUUCUCGGCGACAAGCUGGGCGACCAAGAGAAUCUCGAAUUCGUUCAGUUGGUGAGAGGACGAGUCAGAGGACAACUACAGCGGAGAGUGAGACGACAACCACAGCAGAGGCAUCAAGUAGUAAAAAUAAACGAGCACCCAAAGCGUGUGGUAUAUGUGGCAAGACUGGUCACACACGUAGAGCAUGCAAGGGUACGGUUGGCGAUGAGUAG